AUGGGUAAAAAAAUUAAAAAGGAAGUAGAGCCUUCUCCGAAGGAUGUGUUUGAUCCAUUGAUGAUUGAGAGCAAAAAUGCAGCAACUGUGGUGCUGAUGCUCAAUUCUCCCGAAGAGGAAAUUUUGGCAAAAGCAUGUGAAGCUAUUUACAAAUUUGCUUUAAAAGGUGAAGAAAAUAAAGCAACUCUCCUUGAACUUGGAGCUGUGGAGCCUUUAACUAAACUGCUGAUCCACGAGGACAAAAUCGUAAAACGGAAUGCUACUAUGAUAUUUGGCAUCUUGACUUCUAACAAUGAUGUUAAGAAAUUGUUAAGGGAGUUAGAUGUCAUGGAUUCUGUUAUUUCCCAGCUCGCUCCAGAAGAAGACGUGGUUAACCAUGAAUUUGCCAGUCUUUGUCUGGCAAACAUGUCAGUGGAGUACACAGGGAAAGUGCAAAUUUGUGAGCAUGGUGGGUUAGAGCCGCUCAUCAGACUGCUGAACAGCCCGGACCCCGACGUUCAGAAGAACUCCAUCGAGAGCCUUUACAACUUGGUGCAGGAUUUUCAAUGUCGGAUUACACUUCAAGACCUGAAUGCCAUCCCUCCAAUGUUAGCUCUCUUGAAGUCCGACUACCCGGUGAUUCAGCUGUUGGCUCUGAAGACCUUGGGUGUCAUCACAAAUGACAAAGAGUCCCGAGUAAUGCUGAGAGACAAUCAAGGACUGGAGCAACUGAUUAAGAUCCUAGAAAGUAAGGACUUGAACGACCUUCACACAGAAGCACUCUCGGUGAUGGCCAACUGCCUGGAAGACGUGGACACCAGGGUGCUGAUUCAGCAGACGGGCGGUCUGCAAAAGUUCCUCUCGUUUGCAGAAAGUUCGACGGUUCCUGAUAUUCAGAAGAACGCAGCAAAAGCCAUCGCUAAAGCCGCUUACGACUCUGAAAAUAGGAAAUUUUUCCAAGAGCAAGAGGUUGAGAAGUGUCUUGUAACCCUUUUGAGUUCUGAAAGUGAUGGAACUAAAAUCGCUGCUUCCCAAGCGAUUUCGGCGAUGUGUGAGAGUGCGGGCAGCAAGCGUCUUUUCAAUAAUCAGGGGAUUCCCCAGCUGCUGCAGCUGCUCAAGAGUGACAACGAAGAGGUGCGGGAAGCUGCGGCUCUCGCCCUGGCGAACCUGACCACUGGCAACCCCGCCAGUGCCAGCGCUGCUGCUGAAGCUGACGGCAUUGAUUCGCUAAUAAACAUCUUGUCCAGUAAACGAGACGGAGCCAUCGCCAACGCCGCCACAGUGUUAACCAACAUGGCUAUGCAGGAGCCCCUGCGUGGGACGGUUCAGAGCCACGGCCUCAUGCAGGCCAUCAUCAGCCCGCUGCGCUCCAGCAACACGGUGGUGCAGAGCAGAGCUGCUCUCGCUGUAGCUGCCACGGCCUGCGAUGUGGAGGCCCGCGCAGAGUUAAGAAAUGCUGGUGGUUUGGAACCCCUGGUGGAGCUCUUGCGUUCGGACAACGUGGAAGUCAGAAGGCAUGCCAGCUGGGCUGUGGCGGCCUGUGCCAACGAUGAACUGACAGCUACGGAGUUAUGCAGGCUUGGAGCUUUGGAGAUUCUUGAAGAAAUUAAUCUAUCAAUAAGUCGAAAAAAUAAAUUCAGUGAGGUAGCUUAUAACAAGCUGCUCAGCAAUAACCUGUCCCUGAAAUACAGCCAGACCGGCUAUUUGUCAUCAAGUGACAUAAUUUGUGAUGGAUUCUACGACUACGGCAGGAUCAAUUCUGGCACAAGACUUUCACCUCUGAAGGAGCUCUGCCUGCAAGAACUAAACCAUCGACGUGCUGUUCUCUUAAUUAACAGUAAAUCUUCCGACGUUUCUCCACCUCCAUCUAUGGAAGAUAAAUCAGACAUCGCAUAUGGCCGGAGUAUUUCUUCUUCGUCUUCCUUAAGAAGGGCAAGCAGAGAAAAGACAAAAAAAAUCAGUUCUCGUUUUAGUACUGGAUUUGGAUCUCCCGUGGAAGAAAAAUCAGAGCCUACUUCCGGACGCAAUACUGUUCUUAGCAAAAGCGCCACGAAAGAAAAAGGAACACGGAAAGGCAGAGGAAGGAAGGAAGAGGAAAAAGCCAAGGAAGAAGAGGAGGUUCUUGCAGCCCCGAAACUGACCGGGGAAGGAAACCUCGAUAAGGAAUGGUGCCCUCCCUCGGACCCCGACUUCUGUGUCUACGUCUAUGAGGUUACCAAGUCAAUACUGCCCAUCACCAGUAUCAAGGAGCAGAUUGAGAGUCUUGCCAAGUAUGUAGCAGAAAAAAUGGGUGGUAAGAUUGCAAAAGAGAAAAUAAUUUCUUUUGGCUGGGAACUCCACAUCAGUGAGCUAAAAUUCCAACUUAAAUCCAAUGUUGUUCCAAUUGGACUGAUCAAAAAAGGAAUCUUCUACCACCGGGCUUUGCUUUUCAAGGCUCUCGCGGACCGAAUCGGCGUUGGCUGUACUCUGGUCCGAGGAGAUUACGGCCGGGCUUGGAAUGAGGUGAAGCUCCUGACUGCGUCUCCUAAAGCAGCCAUUGGGGGCUUCUCUCCGCCGGAAGUGUACAUCGUCGACCUCAUGUUCCAUCCGGGCGGACUGAUGAAGCUGGGAACCAAAGAGGCCGACCUCUACAGGUUUCUUUGAAGUAUUAAUGGGACACGAGAAAGGCUGAAACAGGAAACGGACGACUUCCUGAGAAGCCCACCAACUGGCUUAACUUGCUGCAGAGCUGUGCCGUGCUUCUGAGUUCUGGCUUCUCAGCAAGAUGUCGGCCAUAUUGGGUCGUCUGACUCGCAUGGUUGUUCACAUAAAACUUAUUGUCAA